AUGAGUUUAUCGCUCAAGGCCAUCGUCGGGUACUUAUGUAUGAUGAAAAAGUUUAAACAAGCUAAGAAUGUUACUUUCGAGCUUUAUUGUUGUUCUUUCAGCAAAACAUCUCAUCAGGUUAAAUUACAGAAAGUUGUCUUCUUGUCCUCAGUUGACUGGUUGAGUUGUGGCAACAGAAAAGUUUGUCAACUUUUAACGUAA